CGGUGCGUGUGAUGCUCCUCGCCGGGAUAAAGGAGAUGAAGACGGGUCGAGGCGUCUCCAUUAACGCCGUCUUCUCUUACAUCCGAGCGUCGUACGGCUGCGACUUCCUGAGGAACCGCGGCCACGUGAAGAAGACUCUGACGAAGCUGAUCGACGAAGGCCUGGUGGUUCGGGUCAAAGGUCGCGGGCUGGCCGGCUCCUUCAAGCUGGGGAAGAAGUGCAAAGAGAGCGAGAAGACGGCAGCUGCUGCGUCUAUCUCCAAAGUAACAGAGAGUACGCCGAGGAAAACGUCUCGGAGACGAGCCAAAGAUAAAGCUGAGGUCGCUCUGCACAACUUUCUGCUGACGGAGGAGGAGAGAGAGGAGGAAGAGGAGGAGAAGGAGAAGAGAGAGGAGGAGGCACGUCCACGGCUCAGAGCUCAAAGUGCUGGGAGACGUGAUGAGAGAGAGGAGGAAGCAGACUCUGAGAUGAAAUGUGAGGAUCAGAGCGACUCCAGAACCUCCUCACAGGAAGUGGGAGAUCCCCCCCCCCUCCUCCCCUCCCCAGACUCCCGGUUCGAGUGCCUGUGCGGGGGGGAGUCGGGGUUUUAUGACGGGAAGCACCUGGUGCAGUGUCUGAGCUGCGAUCUGUGGCAACACGCCCUCUGUGUGAACUACCUGGAGGAGAGCAGGAGCUCCAGACCCUUCUACUGCCCGCACUGCCUGGUGGCCGCCCCCCCCCUCUGCUCCGGGGCCACGCUCAUCAUCUCCCCCAGCUCCAUCUGCCACCAGUGGGGCGAGGAGAUCCAGAGGCAUGUCCAUGGCUCAGAGCUCAGAGUGCUGGUGUACCAGGGGGUGAAGAGGCACGGCUUCCUGCAGCCGCGCCUCCUCGCCCAGCAGGACGUCGUCAUCACUACGUACGACGUCCUGCGCUCAGAGCUGAACUACGUGGACAUCCCGCACAGCAACAGUGAGGACGGGCGGCGCUUCAGGAACAGGAAGCGGUACAUGGCCGUGCCCAGCCCCCUGGUGGCCGUGCAGUGGUGGCGCAUCUGUCUGGACGAGGCUCAGAUGGUGGAGUGUCCCACCGCCAAGGCUGCAGAGAUGGCCCUCCGUCUGUCCUCAGUGAACCGCUGGUGUGUGAGCGGCACGCCUGUGCAGAGAGGACUGGAGGACCUGUACGGCCUGGUUCUGUUCCUGGGUGUGGAUCCGUUCUGGGUGAAGCACUGGUGGCUGCAGAUUCUCUACAGGCCGUUCAGACGAGGAAACACGGCGCCGCUCUACAGAGUCAUCGCUCAGAUCCUCUGGAGGUCCGCCAAGAAGGACGUCAUCGAUCAGAUCCAGAUCCCCCCCCAGACGGAGGAGGUUCAUUGGCUGAACUUCUCCCCGGUGGAGGGUCACUUCUACCACCGGCAGCACGAGGUGUGUUCCCAUGAUGCACUGCUGCAGCUCAGGAAGGUCUCUGAUUGGAGCCUGAAGCUGGGCAGUCUGGACCGGCGCAGCGUUCAGAACAUCCUGAACCCGCUGCUGAGGCUGAGGCAGGCGUGCUGCCACCCGCAGGCCGUCAGGGGCGAGUUCCUGCCGCUGCAGAAGAGCACCAUGACGAUGGAGGAGUUGCUGAAGUCUCUGCAGAAGAAAUGUCGAGUGGAGUGUGAAGAAGCUCACAGACAGCUGGUGUGUGCUCUCAACGGACGAGCAGGCAUACACAUCAUCAGAGGAGAGUAUUUGGAGGCCGUGGAGAUGUACAGAGAAGUGCUUCGAUCCUCAGAGGAACACAAAGGACGCCUGAAGACCGACUCACUGCAGAGACUUCAUGCGACCCACAACCUGAUGGAGCUGCUAAAAGCAAAGCAUUCUGGGAUACCUCCCACGCUGAGAGACGACCGACUCAGUGACGAGGCAGAGCAGCUGAAACAGCAUUAUAUGACUAAAUACGACUCUGAGGUUUCCGACGCUCUGCAGGCGCUGCAGCCGGUCCUGCAGAGCAUCAAGGAGCUGAGACGCAAAGUGAAGCUGAACUCCCCCUGGUGGCUGGAGGUGGUGCAGCGGGCGGUUCGAUGCUCCACUGACGACGAGCUGGUUUCUCGUAUCAAGAACGAUCUGACGUCGAGCUACAAGCAGCAGGCCAGCAAACUCAGCAUGGCAGACAAGUUCAGGGACGCUGUGGGUCUGCAGCUCCUCCUCACCUCUCAGAUUGAGGACCUGACGAAGAGCCAGAAGACGGUUCAGGACGCCGUGAAGAAGCUGGAGGGCCCGGCGUCACGAGAGGUCAUCGAGGAGGUCACCCUCUGCCACCUGAGACCCCAGAGACUACCUCUAAACAAUUGUGUUUUCUGCAAGGCCGAUGUACUCUUCACUGACUACGAGUCCAAGCUGUUUUCACACACGGUGAAGGGUCAGACGGCGAUCUUCGAGGAGAUGAUCGAGGACCAGGAGGGGAGUCUGAUGGACGACCGGCUGCCCACCACCAGCAGAGGAUUGUGGGCCACCAGCGAGACGGAGAAAAGCCUGAAGGCAAUCCUCGCCUUCGCCAAACUGAAGCGCCUCGAUAACGAUCUGCUGGAGGAAGGAAACACCUUCAUGGAGCUGCUCGAGUGCUGGAAGAAGGAGUACAAGGUGUUGCACGAGUACUGGAUGGUCCUCAGGAAUCACGUGUCGGCCAUCGAUGAACUCGGCAUGGCGACGGAAAGACUUCGAGUUCGUCUUCCUGAUGAACCCAAACCCAAACUGCUGCACAUCAUCGAGCCCCACGAGGUGGAUCAGAACCAGCAGAAGCUUCUGAACGACCAGGCGCUCGCUAAGUCUCAGCUACAGAAGAAGCUGGGCCAGGUGCUCUACCUCAACAACCUGGAGAAGUCGCAGGACAAAUCCAACAAAGAGCUGAACCCCGAGCCGUGUCCCAUCUGUGCCCGGCCCCUGGGACAGGAGUGGGCGGUGCUCACCUGCGGACACUGCUUCUGUAACGAGUGUAUCUCCAUCAUGGUGGAGCAGUACAGCGUGGGCUCCAGACGCAGAGCCAUCAGAUGUGCAGUCUGCAGACAGAUCACCUCCCACGCCGAGAUCUCAUACGUGUUCACCACCCAGGCCUCAGGAGAGGACCAGGACAUACCUGUACAGGGCAGCCACUCGACCAAAGUGGAGGCCGUGGUCCGGACCCUGAAGAAGAUCCAGCUGAUCGACCCGGGGGCCAAGUGUCUGGUGUUCUCCACGUGGCUCAGUGUGUUGGACAUCAUCUCUAAGGCUCUGUUCGACAACAACAUGGAGUUCUCUCAGAUCAACGGCAUCCACAAGUUCCAGGACAAUCUGUGCUCCUUUAAAUACGAGGAGCAGAUCAACAUCCUGCUGCUGCCUCUGCACACCGGCUCUAACGGUCUGAACAUCAUCGAGGCGACCCACGUUCUGCUGGUGGAGCCGAUCCUCAACCCGGCCCACGAGCUGCAGGCCAUCGGGAGGGUGCACCGCAUCGGGCAGACCAAGCCGACGUUUGUCCACAGAUUCCUCAUUAAAUCCACCAUUGAAGAGAGGAUGCAGGCGAUGAUGAAGACAGCAGAGAAAAGUCACACCACCACCAUGAAGCACUCGGAGGCCGCCGUGCUGACGGUGGCCGACCUGGCUGAUCUGUUCACUGAAGAACAUCUGGAGUCCAUGUGAACACCUGGACACACACACACACACACCUGCAGAAGACACACACAUACACACACACCUACAGAAGAUACACACACACCUGCAGAAGACACACACACUCUUCACACAGUGCUGCUGAUAGAAAACUCUGAUUUUGCACAUUUGAACUUUUUUUAUAGAAACUUACAUUCCCAAAAGGACAUUUUAUCAGGUGACGGACAGCAGGCUGCAACACGUCUGGUAUUGUAUUUUAAAUUCUGAAUGCCUUUUCUCACUUUUUGUCAUCAAUUACUACGUCUGCUGUUUGUUCGAUGGUCACAUUUUGACUACAUUGUGUACAGGAAUGUUGCUUGUUUUAGUCUUUUAUGAAAUAUUUGGAUUUAUACACAGGGGUUGAAACUAAAUGUAAGUUUAAAUAUCGAUUAAUUGGCUGAUUAUUUUCUAGAUUUGGUUUUUAAAAUGUGGUAAAAGAGUGUAAAUGUCCAUCCUUGUUUUUUAAAGUCCACGGUAAUGUUGUUACAUGUGUUUUUUAGUUCAAUCCAAAAGAUAUUCACUUUAAAAUGGUAGAAAACGAGGAAAAUCUCAAUUUCUGACAUUUGUGUAUGUAAAACGGACUUUCUGUGGCAGCUCUAUCAUGUACAAACCUCUCAAUGUAGAAAACAGAGGAUUGAGAUCUCCUCCGAGCAUUCAGGAAUAAACACAAUGAUGUUGUUCCGACA